CUAAAACACACACACACACACACAAAAAGGCGUAUGAAUGGCAAACAGCAGUCCUUCCACACUGGGCUUUCCCAAACUCUAUUCCCAAACAAGAUUUACCAAAAAGAUUCCAACUUUACAAUUGGGUCUUCCAAGAAAAACAUGGGUUCCUUUUAAUGUUUCAAAAAAACAAAGCAUAAUAACAAGAAGAAAUAUAAAAUUAUCAAUUUCAUCAUGUUUGGUUGAUAGUACUUCUAGAAGUGUUGAAGCAGUUAGCCCCAAAGUUAAGGUGGAAACAUGUGUGUGGAACUGGAAAGGCUAUUCUAUUCGGUAUCAGUAUGCUGGGAGCAGUGGCCCUGCAUUGGUCUUGGUUCAUGGUUUCGGAGCAAACAGUGACCAUUGGAGGAAAAACAUUCCAGUUCUUGCAGAAUCACAUAGGGUAUACUCAAUUGAUCUUAUUGGUUAUGGUUACUCUGAUAAACCAAAUCCUCGUGAGCUUGGAGAUGCUCCUUUCUAUACAUUUGAGACAUGGGGCUCUCAGUUAAAUGACUUUUGUACAAACAUAGUAAAAGAUGAAGCGUUCUUUGUCUGCAAUUCAAUUGGAGGACUUGUUGGUCUUCAGGCAGCAGUGAUGGAUCCAAGCAUCUGUAAGGGGAUAGUACUUUUAAACAUCUCUCUCCGUAUGCUUCAUAUAACAAAACAACCAUGGUUUGGGAGACCCUUGAUCAGAUCUUUUCAGAACUUAUUGAGGAAUACCCCUGUGGGAAAAUUCUUCUUCCAAACCGUUGCCACACCAGAGUCAGUUAGAAAUAUUCUUUGCCAGUGUUACCAUGACACUUCCCAAGUGACGGAAGAACUAGUUGACUCAAUUCUCCGCCCUGGGCUUGAGCCUGGUGCUGCUGAUGUGUUUCUUGAGUUUAUCUGUUAUUCCGAUGGACCUCUUCCGGAAGAACUACUGCCUCAAGUAAAGUGUCCUGUGCUGGUAGUAUGGGGUGACAAAGAUCCUUGGGAACCCAUUGAACUUGGAAGAGCUUAUGGAAAUUUUGACUCUGUUGAAGAUUUUGUUGCCCUCCCUGAUGUUGGUCAUUGCCCUCAGGAUGAAGCGCCACAUUUGGUGAACCCAUUAGUCGAGUCUUUUGUAGCACGUCAUGCGACAAUGAAAAGCUAACUUUCGGUAUAUACCACUUAAGUUAUAUAUGCAAUGACAACCGAAGAGAAAUACAUAAUUAUUGUUUCUCUGAAAUGGAGCACAAAAUCCUAUCAUAAAAGACACAUUUUGUACCCCCAAAGCGCUACUUUCUGUACUCAUCAAACAUAAUAGAAUAUUGUAAUCGUUGUGAAUUGCUUGUCCAUAAUAGAAGAACAUACAGGUGAUAUUGUCAAUAAA